CCCGUGGGCCUCUCCCGCGAUGGCAGCUGCAGCCGGGGGGAGUUGCCCCGCCGAAUCGCUGGGCUACUGCCUGGCCCAGCUGCGGGGCGGAGCCGAGCCUGGGCUGGGCCGGGCCCUGCUGGCCCUGCGGACCCGGCACAUCAAGCAGCCCGGCGGGAUCGAGCGGUUCCGGGCCCGCGGGGGGCUGGGGCCCCUGCUGGGGCUCCUGGCUGGGGCCGUCCGGCCCCGCCGCACCCUCGACCUGGCCCUCAGCAUCCUGGGCAACUGCUGCACCGAGGGGGGGAGCCGGGCCCAGGUGCGGGAGCUGGGGGGGAUCCCCUCCCUGGUGAUGAUCCUGAAAUCCCUUGGAGUCGAAAGUAUCCACAACCGGACAGCACGGGCCCUGGGCAACCUGGCCAUUGAUAUAGAGAACCUGCAGGCCAUCCAUGAUGCCGGCGCGGUGCCACCCCUGGUGCAAGUCCUUGCCAGCUCCCAGGACAGCGAGUGCCUACAGAGUGUCAUUCGGGCCCUGCGCAACCUGGGCGCCACCCCAGCGCACCGCCUGGCGCUGGCCCAGCAGGGUGCAGUGCGAGUCAUCUCCGAGCGCCUGGCUGCCAGCCCUGACGAUCCCGCGCUGGCUGCUGCGGCCGCCCGGGCCCUGCUAGAGCUUACCAAGGGGUGCAGCCGGGACUGCGCCGAGCAGCUGAGCCUGGGGGGCGGGGUGGUGCCCCUGGUGGCGUUAGCCGGGCAUAGCAAGCGGGCAGUGCGGGAGGCGGCCAUCUCAGCGCUGUCCAAUCUCUGCCUGCAGGGCAUGCUGCGGCCAGCGGUGGGCAACGCUGGGGGCGUGGCAGUGCUGGUAGGGGAGAUCCAGCGCAGGCGCGGGGCGGGAGCCGCCGGUGCCAUCCUGCAGCCCCUGGUCAGGGCACUCUGCCUGCUGUGCCGAGAGGCAAUGAACCGCAGCCGGGUGCGGGAGGCCGGCGGGCUGGAGCUGCUGCUGGCGUUGCUGCAGGAUGGGCGCCAGCGAGGCUGCCACGCCCGCGUAGUCGUGGCCUUCGUGGCCUUCUUCUACGACCAGGAGGCACUGGAGGUUCUGCAGGCCGGCGGGCUGGUGGCCCUGCUGGUGGAGCGGCUGGUGGCCCAGGGCCAGUGGGCUGCACGCUGUGAGGAAGAGGCCAAGGAAGAGGACGGAGAAAGCGAGGAUGAGCGGGAUGCUGCGUCCUUUGACUUCCCCCCUGAGGGGCGACGGGAAGGUGGUGCACCAGAAGGGGAGUCACCCAGUUUCCAGAGACUCAGGUCCUGGCUGCUCUCCGAGGGUUACAUUGCCAGUCCCUGCGACCUCUCCCCUCAGUGGUCCCCCGACAGCUCCCUCAGCCCCACCCUCGAGCUGCAGGAUGACAUGCCAGGACCUGGCCGGCUGCCUGCGGGGCUCGACUCGCCCACCCACUUAGCUCCUCCGUCGCUGGAUCCGGCUACCAGGGUGCAGUGCUUGGCACCUGUGGCAGAGCUGGACUCAACUGUGGCUGAUGGGAGCCAUGUGGCAGAGACUCCAGAUGCUGAGGCACCAGCCCUGGCACAUUUGGCUACAGCCAGAGCUGACAGGCACUAUCCAGCAGCGUUAAUGCCAGGCAGGGCACUGCGUUUGGCUGCCAGGCCCCAUACGGCAUUGCCAAAUCCAGUCAGGAUGGGUGAGCACAGCGCAGCCCCCGUGGUGCUGCUGGCAACACCAAAGUCCACUGGGACCAAGAAAGAUCAACUGGCACAGAUUACACUGGAUGCUGCCAGCAGCACCCGGAACCUGCAGGCUCAGUUGCCGCUUGCAGCGACCCCGAAUGAGGAGCUCUCACCAAACUUCGCUCUGACUGACCUGCAAAAUCCAGCACGGUUCCCGGCUGCGGCAGCCACCGAAGAGUUGUGUCCAGGCACACUGGUUCCAGCAGGGCCUGGCGGGCAUGUCACAGCACCAUCAGACAAGCCAGGCCCAGCGCUGGCACCACCAGUUCCCACAGGGACCAGCCGGUCCGAUCCGGCACCGAGCCCAAUUCCCAAGGAUCUGCGUCUGGUUUCUCCGGUUCCUACUGGGACUGAGCAGCGCCUCCUUGCCAAUGACUUCCUCGAGCCCCAGCCCGCUGCUUUUUCCUCGCGGCGCCGCACCAAAUCACGUCCCCAUCCGGACGCGGUCCCCUGCACUCCAGCUCCGUUCCAUCCCCCGAGCGAGGUCCUGGCCCCGCAGUUCUUGCUGUGGGGAGGGGAGGAGGAGCUGUCGGCCCCCGAGGCACCGGUCCUGCUGCUGCUCUCCCGGUUUUCCCAGGCCGAAGACCCCAGCCGGAGCCUGGUGACUGGCCCAGUGCUGCAGGGGCUGCUGGCCUAUGUCACCGGAGCCCCAGCCCCGCUACCCCGCUGCCUGCGGCUGCUGCAUCAGCUCACGUGCAACCCCAUCUGCCUGGAGGCGUUUGUGCGCUGCCACGCCCCCUCCCUGCUGCGGGCCUGGCUGGUGCUGGGUGUGCCCCCAGAGGAGGCUGCCGCCGUGGGAUGUGAGACCCCCAGAAGUCCAGGCAGCGGGCACCGGCGGUUCAAGGAGUUGGGCGAGACCCUGCUGUGCAAUCUGUGCGUCCAGGCUGAGUCGGCCUUUGGGGCGGGCGUCCUCACCCACAUGCUGCUCUCAGGCACCGAGGCCGACCAAGUGGCCUGUGCCGUGGCCCUGCCCCUCAUCUGCAGGAAGAAGUCCCUCUGCCGAAGGCUGCUCCUGGAACACUCUGGCCUGCGCCUCCUGCUGGCUGCCUUGACACAUGGCACCGACCCGCCCUUUACCUUCUAUGCCGUGGACUCGCUCUCCCUGCUGCUGGGUACUGCUGCCCCCAUCCCUGCCCCGCCUGCCCCCAAGCGCUCCCGGCUGGCAGCCUCCCCGCCGUGCCACUACGAGCGGCUGGUGAAGGCAGGCGGGGCGGACCUGCAGUUCCGGUUGGACUCGGGCACCCCGGUGCCGGCCUCGCGCCAGGCUGUGUGUGCCGACUCCGAUGUUCUGCGGGCCAUGCUGGCAGGCGGGUUUGCUGAGGCACGCCAGGCCCUGGUGCCCAUCCACGGGGUGGCACCUGCCCCCUUCCUCGUGCUGACCCACUUCCUGCAUGGCUGCCGGGGUGAGCCGUGCCCGGCCCUGGGAGGCCCGUUCCCACCUGGCGAAGGGGAGCUGGCGGAGCAGACGCUGGUGGUGGCUGAGCAGUUCCUGCUGCCCGAGCUGCAGGAACUGGUGGAGGAGGCGUUGUGCCAGCAGUACCUACGCCCUGGUGCCAGCCUGGACCAGCUGUACCGGCUUGGGGAGCGGCUGGGCCGGGGGCAGCUGCUGCGGCGCUGUGCCCGCUACGUCCUGCUGGGGGCGUCGGAGGAGCCCACCAGCCGAGCAGCCGCACUGGCGCAGAUCCUCCGAGUCACCGGUGACCCCAAGGGACUGGCCCAGGAGCUGCUGGCAGUUGCCAUGGAGACGCCAUGGGGAGUGGGCACUGAUGGGACCUAGGCUAGGGGGCUGGCUGAGGGCACUGCCCAUGUCCCUCUGGGUUGGGGGCUUGGCUUAAGGCACUCUCUGUACCCCUCUGGGUGCGGGCGGUUGGAAACAGAGGAGUGGGGAGGUUGAUGCUUAGGAUAGUGGAGGGUGACUGAGGGGGAGAAAUGGGGUAAUGGCAAGGUAAGGAAUGGGGAUAUGAGACCCCAGCGGUGAGAGGAAUCAGGGCAAUGACCACUGACCCCCAGGAAAGGUUGGAAUCCUUCUCUGUUGGGUGAGUCAUUCCUGCCCCCCCCUCCCCCGGCCAUGGCACAGGGAGGGAGCUUGCCUGAAAUCUCACCUGAGGAAGAGAUCAUGGCGUAUUGGGGGGGGUGCCCCUACUUUUGCGGCAUGGGGCACCUCAAUUCCCCCACCUGAGACCACGGAGAGCAGUUUGGGGGGGGCUUGACUGGAGAGGGGCUCAGUCCCUGAUCUGCAGGGUACCCCUCAGUCACUGAACCAGGGCAGUGUGUGUGCUUUGUCUGAACUGGGAGAUGCCCCUGUCUUCUUUCCUAGGUCCUAGGUAGGGCAGCUGUGGGGGGCGCUCAGCGGUACCACCCAUGCUGCGCGGAGUAGCGACAAGCGGCUGGGGAUGCUUUCUACUGGUGAGGGGAUGGGUGUGUAAGACUGGAAUGUAUUGAAUAAGCUACUGUACAUGGAGAAAUAUAGGCCAGGCUUCACCACG